UGUGUGGGAAUGACUUAGAGUAUAUAACACCGUCUAAAUUAAGUGUUAAUAUAGAAAAAAUAUAUUUAUAGUUAAUUUACGAUAGAACGAGUUCAUUUUUCAAUAUGAAGAAGUUCAUGUUUGGUUUUGCUGUUUUUGUGGUUGUUUUGGCUAUCACCAAAGAAUCUAUAGCUGACACCAACAAAGACCAAAAGUUCCUAGAGGCAUUAGAGAAAAUGCAUGAAAGUUACAACACGUGUGAGAAGGAGUUCGGUCAACAACCGGGUUACGUUGCAGUAGAAGGACAUAAUAACAUAAAGAAAGAAGACGAGGAGAAAGUAGCUGCCUUUACGCUCUGUUUUCUUAGCAAAUUAGGUCUUAUCUCAAAAAAUGGUGAUAUAAUUGAAGACGGAGUUCGAAGUUUUCUAACAGAUUUUCUUGGAGAUACCGAUCGUGAAAAAGAACUCGUACAGAAAGUUUUGACGAUAUGUAAACCACUUGUUGAAUCCCAACUUAUUCCACAGUAUAAAGCUCUCGCUUUUCAACAGUGCAAGGAUAAACACAUUAAGCCUGAUCAUUGAUCAAAUAAAAUAAAAUCAAAAUUAAUCCAGGCUGUAUCAUCGCCCCCGUUAGGUAAAUUAUUAUUCCGAUUCGAUUUUUUUGCAAAAACUUACUCAAAAAAGGUCCUUAUAACAAAUCCACAGGCGGUACCGUGAUCAAAAAACUGUAUAAACAAUUUUUUUUAAUUCACAAAAACAAUGUUUUCACUUCCCUCAAAUGUUUUUACAUCAUUUGGGUCAUUCGGAGCAAAAAAGGUCUUUUGUGAUUUUUCUCUAAAAUUGAUUGUUGUCGAGGUAUACGCGUUUUAAAAUUUGAAAAAUGCGAAAAUGACUAUUUUCAAGGCUUAAUAACUCAGUUAAAAAUUAUUAUUAUUAUGAAAGUCAGAAAUUGGCCAAAUCAAAGUUUAAAGCCUCCCUUCAAAAUCCUGAAUAAAUGUGUGUCAUUAUUUAUAUUACUAAGCGUUUAUUUUUAACUGUUAAAAAUGAGCGCUAACCGCGUAUUGAGGCAGCCGUCAAUGUGAGUGCGAGUGAGAUGCACCAUUGGACUGCCGGAAUGGUGCAUCUCUUUCACACUCACCAUUGACGGCCGCCUAAUACGCGGUUAGCGCUCAUUGUUAACAAUUAAAAAUAACCGCUUAGUAAUACAAUAAUGACACAAAUUUCUUCAGGAUCUUAUAGGGGGCUUUAAACUUUGAUUGUAUCAAUUUCUGACUUUCAUAAUAAUAGUUUUUAAUCGAGUUAUCCAGCCUUAAAAAAUAAAUAGUCAUUUUCGCAUUUUUCAAAUUUGAAAUCGCGUAUAACUCGACAACAAUCAAUUUUAGAGAAAAAUCACAUAAGACAUUUUUUGAUCCGAAUGACCCAAGUGUUUAAAAAAAAUUGUCCGAAGUGAAGACAUUGUUUUUGUGAAUUUGUUUAAAAAAAUUGUUUAAUCAAUUUUUCGACCACGGUACCGCCUGGCACCCUGUGGAUUUGUUAUAAGGACCUCUUUUUGAGUAAGUUUGUACAAAAUAAUUGAAUCGGAAAAAUUUACCUAACGGGGGCGAUGAUGCACCCUGGACUUAAUGAAAUUCCGUACAGGUUGGAAUAAAUUUUAUAUCAAAGUUUAGGUGAAAACAAAAGAUAUUAUCCAGAAAGUAUAUAACUUAUAUAGGGGGAUCGUUGGGGAUAAUGAAAAAUUGACCAUUUUUGCACACAAUUUACUUUUUUAACUGCUACGGUAAUUCAUGUUUUUAUGAAGGUUUUUAUUUACCUUAAAGUGAAAGAUAAAAGCCUUCAUUUAAGACAUAUACCGUGAGGACGUUUUAGUUGGAAUAAAUUCAUUAUCUCGAGAAGGGGAGAAUUUGGAGAGAAAUCCGAAGAUAGGUCGAUUUUUAUUUUUAAAUUAUGACAUUUUGGCAUAUAUAUCAUACUAGAGGCGUCAUCCAUCUGGGCGUGAUGACGUAAUCGAUGAUUUUUUUUAAAUGAGAGUAGGGGUCGUGUGAUAGCUCAUUUGAAAGGUUAUUUAAUUCUCUAUUUAGUAAUGUAUGUAAACAUUAACAUAAUUAUUUAUACAGGGUGCCCAAAAAAAUGUAAUUAAAUUAAUUGAGACAAAAGGAAAAAUGUAUGUAAUUCAUUUAUUUCAAAAUACAUUUGAGUGCUGUCAGAAAACAGAAAGAAAUAUUUAUUUGACAAAUAAACAUUGUUCUUCGCUUAAAUUCAGUGUUAAAACUGCCACCCACCUGUCUCUUAGCAGUUUGAACAUUGAAUUUAAGUGAAAAGUAAUGUUUAUUUGUGAAAUAAACAUUAAUAGCGGUUUUUUUAAUAGCAGUAAAAUGUAUUUCGAAUUAAAUAAAUUCCUUAGAUUCUUCUUUUUGUGUAAAUUAAUUUAUUAAAUUUUUUUUGUACAUCGUGGAGUAUUGGGCGUAUCUGCGUUUCUUGGCCGAUAGUGUAAGACGGCUGGUGGCCAGCUUAGCGCGUCUUCUUGUGUUUAUUCUCUGGUUAAUCUGCGUACCAGUUCCUUCCAUUCUCCUCUGUUUCUUGCUUUGUUUUUCACUUCCCCCCAACUUAAGUCCAUUCUGUUGUAUUCUCUGGUUAUGAUAUAUGUAUGUAUAUGCAAAAAGUCAUAAUUUAAAAAUAAAAAUCGACCUGUCUUAGGAUUUCUCUCGAAAUUCUCCCCUUCUCGAGAUAAUGAAUUUAUUCCAACUCAAACGUCCUCACGGUAUAUGACUUUCCUUGACCUCUUAUCUAUGAUGGAUCUUUGUCAAGUUUGUGCUGGGCGAGCUCUUUUUCUUUUUCCUGGGGGAUUCCACUCUAAGGCAGUCUCUGCAAUACUGGAGCUAUUUUUUCAGAGUGUGUGACCGACCCAACUCCAUUUUCUGGAAGGUAUUUCAUUUUCUACUCUCUUUUUUAGUCAAGUAUAGUAAAUCUUCGUUUCUGAUGAUGUUAGGCUAGAAAUUACAAACAAUUCUUCAUAGACAUUCAUUAACAAAGACCUGCAGUUUUCAUGUAAGAGUUUUUGUUACUUUCCAGGUUUCACAUUCCUAGAGUAGGACAGACAUGACAUUUGACUGGAAUAUUUGGAUCUUUGUCCUUGUAGUACACUCGUCAGACCUAAAAACAGAGUCGAUCAUGUUGAAUGCUUGUUGAGCUUUUCGUAUCCUCAUACAAAUUUUGUUUUCUGUGCCUCCGCUUUCUGUUAUGACUCUUUCAAGAUAUGUAAAGUUUUCCUCAUUUUCAAUCUGCAUGUUGUCGAUAGUAAAUAGCGUGUUGUUCCUUGCAUUUAUUCUCAUGGACUUGGUUUUACUAAUAUUAAUUUUCAAACCUAUUUUAUUGGCUUCAGUGGAAAGUAUUUCCAAUUGGUCAGCCACAUCUUUGAAACUUUGUCCUAAUAGGCAGAUAUUGUCGGCGUAUUCUAGAUCGCUUAGGCGUGUGGUUAACGCCCAUUGUAUCCCUCUUGUGUCAAAGUCUACAGCUUUGAAGAGAACAUAGUCUAAAGCUAUAUUAAAGAGAUACGGAGAAAGCACGCAUCCCUGUCUAAAAAUACGUCAACGUCAAAUUCGUCACUGUUGAUCUUAUUGUGUGUCCCGCAUUUCGGCUCAGUGUACAGUGACUUUGUAAUGAAAAUUAUUUUAUGCUGGAUGUUUCUUAGCUCUACAAUUUUCCAUAUAGCAGCAUGAGAUAAGCUGUCAAAGGCACGCUCGAAAUCAACAAAAACCAUGUAUAUGGGUGUGUUCCAUUCAACCGAUUGUGCCAUUAUUAUCCUCACAGUAUUACUGUGAUCUAUGAAGGAGGAUUCUGGUCUAGAACCUGCUUGAUUAUCUCGAAAUUCAACCUUGUUUGUUGAUCUUUAAGUAUGAUGGUCAUUAAAAAACCGAAUCUCAGGAAAAAUGGUCCUACAAAAACUUUAUUCUGUUUUAGAUGUGUAACAAAUUGUCAGAAACACGAAUAUCGAAACAGUAUUUCAAAAAUUUGAAUCCCCGCGACGUUAUUAAAAAACAAGUUAAAAACAAAUUAGAACAAUUUUCAAACGCCAUUUUGGAGGGGAGUUUAAUGGAAAUUUUGAUUUGUGAAUGAAUUUAUCGAAAAUAUACAUAAAAAAAGAAAUAAAACUUAUACAAAUGUUAUACUCUGUCGGCAAUAACCGCGUUUUUUUGCAAUAAUUUUUUUCCUUUAUAUUGGAUUCAUAACACAACAUUUCCUGCAAAAUAAGUUUUUAUAGUGCUUACUUAUAACGCAAAUAAUAAUUUUGCGAAAUUUGUUUUUCGAUCUUUAUUUAUAAUUAUUUAAAUAAACGAGGGGCCUAAACUUAAUCUUAUAUGAAAGCUUUUUCUUUCAACUUUACAGAACAAUAUCUUAAAAACCUUCAUAAAAAAAUGAAUUACCACAGCAAUUAAAUAGUAAAUUAUGUGAAAAAUAACCCAUUUUUCAUUAUUCAAAAGAUGAUCCCUCAUAUAGAUUUAUAUCACUUUCAAGCAGUGGAGGAUCCAUGAGGGUGUCACGGGGGUCAGGACCCCCCCCCUAGAGACGAGACGAAAAUAAAUAUUAAUUCAAUAAUCCUAAAAACAAAAGAAAAACCGAGAGCCGUCGAAAAAAAUAUAGGCCCACCCACAAAAUAAUUUAAAACCCACUUAUCCUAGGGUAGUAAGACUAAGUGACCUUGAAUUAGAGAAAAGUAAUUAAAUUACCCUCAAGAUCCAUGACCCCAAAAAAAAUUUUGGAUCCGCCACUGCUUUCAAGAAAGUUUAUGAUAUCAAUAACCUACUAUCUUGGAAAUAUCUUUUGUUUUCAACUGACUUUGAUAUAAAAUUUGUUCCAACUUGUACGGAAUUAUGUUUUGCAUUACAAUUACAUCUAAUUUUUUUAUUUAUAAUCAUAUCCCUUCUACCAUACAAUGGUGUAGGGCCUGUAGGGUUAUACAAUGGUGUAGGGUUAAUUACAUCUAAUAAUUUUAUUUAAUUGGUAUUUUAUUGAAUUAAAUUAUAAUAAAAAUUUACUACCUAAA